AUGGCUUCCAACGUCUUCAGACCUCUCCCAGUGCAGGUUUCACUGGAGAAGCCUCGCUCUCCACGGCCACUGUUUGCCAUCUUCUCCUCUCAGGCAAUUGCGUCCCCUCUCUUCAGCUCUCGGAAACCCCUCCGUUCUUCUGGGGUCUUCGCCCUGUCGAGAACCCAGGAGCAAGAGCCUUCUUCCUCGUCCUCUGCUGGGCCAUCACCGCCGGCGAGCAGAGAGGAGGCCGUUCGCCAGGCCAAGACCUGCCUCUCCACCACCCUCCAGAAGCCCCUCAACAACAUCGUUCCCCUCCCCAGCAAGAAGCUGAAAAGACAGAAACAGCCCAAGUUCCGCGUUGAGAUACCCGUCGCCGACGGCUCGCCGGAUUCGCUUGCCCAGCUCGCCUUCGAGGUCUUCUCCGAACUACCCAUCAAGCGGAAAGGCGCAAGACCUGCAAUUCUGAUGGUCUGGCCCGACUCCGAGACGGCGGAACGUGGGCGCCGAGCUUUCGCCGCCUCCGACGAGUCCAGGGGGCCGGCCUUUGAGAACUUGGCGCUGGGUAAUGUCAGCUCUGGGGAUUGGAGUUCUGCUGAUAUGGGGGUGUUCGUCGCGUCGGAGGCCGCCAUGGUUGAGCGUGUGAGGAGUCUCAGUGACUGUCUCUACCCCAAGCCCGUCGUUCUGUUCAACCCCAACUGGGGAUUCGAGGAGGAGAACAGUUUUGAUCCGGCAAUGGGGGCCUUUGCUGGGUCCUUCGAGGUGGUCUAUUCCUUCAUCGGAUUGGAGGCGAAGGGGCUUCUCAGUAAGAGGAACGCCGUGGUGUUCAGGUGCGUGAAGGACGGCAUCUUCAGUGGAGAAGCGUGGACGGUGCUGGUGGAGGACGAGACGAACAAGGGUGAGCUGAAGGUGGUCACGAGAUUCCGGAAGCGGCCAUCAAUGGCGGAGGUGGAGAACGUCCUCUAUAACCUCAUGGCCGCAAAUUCGCCCGUCACGAAGUCUGUCAAGUUCCUGAAGGAUCUGGUUUCGAACGUGACUGGGGGAAGAGGAGGAAAGUAG